AUGACUGCUGCCACCUCCAAGAAGUCUGUCUCCUUUGCCGAUGAUUCAAAGAACACUCUGCACAUCUACGAUGCCUUGGCCACUGACAUCCUGUGGCAGUGGCCAGCUUUCUUUGAGAAGAGCAGAUUAGCGGCUCGUUCCGAUGGAAAGCGCUUCAAGCAAGACGGUUUUGCCACUCUGCUUGAAGACUCCUUCUGCAACUCCAGCAACGAUAUCCAGAAGCGCCUCAACGAAUACGCCAAGCUUUGCGAAGGAGGCCGUGGUGUAGAACGAUUUGUGUGUCGCUCCAUGUACCAAACAAGGAAAGCAGAGCGCGCCAAGGCAAUCAAGGCAAUCCUUAUUGGGCAAGAGCAAGCCAGACAAAAGGGUUUGUCCCCAGAGGUAGCGGCAGAGGAACUUCGUGAUGUUUCCUUGAUCUUUUGCCUCAAUGCCAAGGUAUUCGCACGAAGAAUAGGCAAGGCUGAUGAAUCUGCUUGCUAUUCCAAGAAGAAGGCUAGUAGCAGCUCUUCCGUGUGCACAGCCACUUCAACAAAACGUGAACUCAGGGCUAACAUUGCCCCAGCAAGAGUGGCAUAG